AUGCGAGUACUGCGCGUGACGUUCCUAUGGGCGCUGCUGCUCUUAGUCGCCUUUAGUGCCUCCGUCUACGCUGCUGAAGACGAACCUAAGACUCCGGAGUCCACAUCUAGCGCGAACCCGCGUGACAAUGACCCCGUUAUCCAAGAGAUCCGUGGAUUACGGAACUCUGGCAUGAAGCUGAACGACGCCAAGGACUUUAAAGGCGCCAUCGCGAAGCUACGUGGGGCUAUUACACUGCUACACGACCGAGUGUUUGGUGAAGGACGUGAGGCCAUCACCGACCCCAGCGACAUCUCGCAGGACGCGGCUCUCUACGCCCAGAUCCUCAACGACUACGGCACGGUACUUAUCCGUGCCAAGCAAUACGACGAGGCCAUCGAAGUGCUGGAGGACUCGGUAGCGAUGGUAGAGAAGAUCUACGGAGACAGCCACCCGUCGCUCGGUCUGUCGCUGCGUAGCUUGGCCGACGCAUACAUGGCCAAGGAGGAGUACAAGAUGGCCAUUAAAAAGUACAAAACCCUCCGCAAACAUGUCAAAAAGGGCCUGGAAACGACCCACGAAGCGUACAUUGAGGCGUCGUUGAGGAUUGCCGAGGGGUACAAGAAACUGGGCAAUACAAAGAAGAACUUAAAGGUGCUAAAGGACGCCGUGGAGGCUCAAAACGGAGAGAUCAAUGGCCUGACGACGGGCAUCGCCGAGCUCUACAUGGAGCUGUCGACGGCUCACGUGGCUGUGGGCGAGAUCGAUGACGCUCUGAGAGCCGCGGAGGUUGCAAGUGCGAUCUUCCGGCAACGUGACGGCGAGGACACGCUGUCGUUUGCGUUCAGCUUGAAUGCUCUGGCCGGCGUCAAGAUGCGCCAGAAGAAGGUGGACGAGGCCAUUAAGUUGCUGGAACAGGCCCACAGAAUUGCUGUGCAGAUCUACGGCGAGAAGGACCCAAUCACUCAAGCUAGCGCAAAGACUCUACGAGAGGUGAAGGAGUACAAACUCGACUUGCAGGCGCAGAAGGACGAGCUGUAG